GCUGGUGUACGGGGCUUUUAGGUGAGUGUCGCCGACUCGCGAGCGCGUGCUGUUCCCGCUGGCUGUCGCGGGCACCGCGCGCGUGUCCUGCACGCUUCGCAACGCUCCCUCGCGACCUCGUGCCCUCGCGUCCUCGGCGCCCGCGCCUCGAAGCGUCCUCGCCGGUCACACCGAAAGCGACGUGGCAGGACGCGCGCUUUCGCAGUGUGAUAGGUCUACCGGCCCCAUUUCUGCCCUAGAAUCGCUCGGCCAGACGCUGAGAUUGCUUCUGAAUGUUAUCCUCGGUGUGGCUGGGGCGAUGUCUCGAGGCACUUGACAUUUGGUUGGUGGUAGGAAGGUACGGGUUUUGUUGUGGAAGCUGGUCAGAGAUUUACCUGACGAUGAGCACAGAUUCCGUUGGAAGAAUGUAAUGGAAAUCAAUCAAGAAGGGGCGGCACAAUGGGACACUUAAGCUUAAUUACCAUGUCGGCUGUCAUCAUCGGCGCCGUGGCCUACAUGCCUCAUGGCAAGGAGCCGUUCCUCACCGACGCCCUGUUGCGCGAGGUCGUGGAUCGCAUGGGCAAGGACUUGGCCGACGCCGCCGACGCGUACUUGGACUUCCCGGACACCGGCGCAAGGUUACCAUCCCUAGGAUCUUUACUCCCAGGUCGGGCCGUAAAAGAUCUGGAAGCAGAUGACCAGCAGUUUCCCAUGGAUUAUGAUCGUCUUGCAGAACUUGCCAACCCAAACCCAAGCCUACGCGAUCAAGAGUACUUGCAACAUAGCUCACUCUGGGGUCAUCAGUACAUGACAGGUGGCGCGGGCGAAGGCAAGCAACACCUGAAGCCGGACGGCACCGUGCAGAACCAAAAGGAGGUGAAGACAGACGCGGCCCUCCCCGCCUACUGCAACCCCCCGAACCCGUGCCCCGUCGGCUACGGCGCCGAAGACGGCUGUUUGGAGCGCUUUGAGAACACCGCUGUCUUCAGCCGCGACUUCCAGGCUGCCCAGGACUGCAUGUGCGAUUCGGAGCACAUGUUCGACUGCCCUGCCGGCACCGGUCGCGACGCGGCUGCAGCCGCCGCUGCCGCCGCCGCCGCCGCUUCCGCCGCCUCCGCCGCCGCCUCGGAUUUCACCGAAUCGGACAUUGAUCGCAUCAUGGAGCAGUUCCAGGUUGAAGAUCAACACAAGAGUUUGGUGGCCAAGAAGUUUCAUGUAAAGAAGGACAGCAACCCAUUCUUAAGAGGAGAGAAACUCCCCGUUGCUGCCAAGAAAGGAAACAAUGUCAUUUACUAAGUAUAUAAAUGUCAUAAAUAUAUAUUCUCACUAAGUAAUCCAAAGUUUUAAAAAUUAGCCAAAUAUAAAAAUGGAUGAAUACGUAUAAUAUUUUUCAAAUGAUAGAUAUAAAUGUAUCUUAUAUGUUAAAUAUUCAACCCUAUAUGCUGUAGGGUAUAUCACUGCUGUAUAGUUGUUUCAUUGUCAGAAAAUGGAAAUGAGGAUGUGUGUUGCAAUUCAUCAUCCACAUUUGGAAAUCAAAUGUGUUAUUUUUGUAACGUUUUAAGUACGCUAAUUACGUUACUAGAAAGAUAUGAUCUCUUUAAUUCAGAAUGAAAAUAAUAUUUCUCGGAUAUUCAAAUCUAUCAGCUGUCAGGGGAGAUGUACGCUCCCAGAUGUAAUAUAUCGACACGCUUUCGUGAAUACUGCAUUUAUUUAGUUCGUUCCAAGCGGGUACGCCUAAUGAUUCGUGUGCCAAGAAGCAGUGCGUACGACGGCUGGAAGUCUACCCAUGGAAAUUUAAGAUAAAUAAAUUAUUUAAAAUAUGCGGCUGAGAUCUGUAACUUGGCUAAUGCCAUACCGAUGAAUUGACCCACAUCAGCAUUAAAAAUUUCAAUUAAGUACUACAAAGUAUAUAAAUGUGACGAUGUCGUCUUAUAUUAUUCAAAUGUCAUCACGACUACGUAUCGUUUUACUAAAUACGCACGCUGUCCUUAGUACCUGCUGUGGUGGAAGUUCAGGCUGUCUGCUUCAUUUUCCAGCUCUGUAUGGAGCAGUUCGGAUGUGAGCAGAACAGUCACUUCCCCUUCUGUUUGCCAUCCAAUGUUGAUGUGGGCACGGAGUGCUGACGUAGUGUGAUAUUAAGUCGAGUCAGGUGGGUUUAGGAUAAAGGAUUUAGGUUUAAUUAAAUCUGAAAGUUGGUAUCUGCAAAGAGCGACGUUCAGAUAAUUGUCGUUUGUCGUUGCUCCCCAUAUCAUAUGAGUGUUAACUGGUAAAAUUAAGACGCAUAUUAUUUCCAGUAUGAUUGGAAAAGUUAAAUAUUAUAAUUUCUUCAGUAAGAUGUUCACAAAUCGAAAAUAUUACCCUGAAGAAAUUGGCGCAUGACGGGAUGAAUGCUGGUAAUAUAUGUUUUCAAUGUUAACCCAUUAGAGAGUAUAUUUAGUUGGAAAAUAUUUGUUAUGUGUUUCCCGUAAUCUGUUUAGUGUAAACAUCUGGAGACAGAACACAUGGGAAAGUGAUUUCAUAAGUCAACAGCCAUUCUGCGUAACGAAAAAGGCGGUAGGAAAACGUGUUUUCUUUGAAAAAAACUGUUCCGUUUUAUUAAUUUGCAUUUAAAAAUUGUUUCAAAAAAUUAAAUGCUCUUUCCUGACAGAACAUAUUGGUCGUGUAUUUAACAAAAGACAUUCUCUUGAGACUGAAAUUCGUAUGAACUAUAACGGUGCUUUAGAAAACUGGUCCUAUUUCUAUCACAUUCUUAUCUUCAGUGACUAUUUUCUCUAGACAUUCUUCUACUGGAGUGAGAAAAGUUUUCAAAUUUUAUUAAGCAAACUUUUUACAGAGUAAAUGCAAAUUAAAUUAAAUAAUACAUUGGGCUACCGCUCGUCUCAACAAAAUCUGGAUAGUUCUUUACAUACAACGAUGUUGCACAGUCUAGUCUUGCACGUUCGCAUCCUCUUCUAGCAGUGGUUGAUCUAUGAAAAUCUUAUGAACUAGUACUUUUUAACCAAUUUCACUAUAUAUUUAGUAGAGUAUGACUCAAAGGACAUGCACACAAGAAAACCAAGUUACAAGAAAUAAGACAAGAGUGAUUAAUAUUUCCUUAAGUGUGAGUGUCUCCUGCAAGCACUAAAUAAUUAUGUCGCUUCUCACAAAAGUUAGAGAAUGCGACUUGUAAGUCGACACCACUCAUGUAUCACAACUGAAUUGGUUCCUAUGUUAUACCUCACUGUAGUACCACAUCCAUAAUCUCACUUUGUUUAUUGGUAUAUUAUAUACAUUUAGCCAUAUCCAAUGGGAGUAGACACGAUUAUUUUCUGCGUGCCACAAAAGCCUAGAGUUAUAGUCAAGUAGCUUCAAAACUGUCGGUUCAGUGCUGGUAUUGUCGAGAAAGCGCCCAGCUUCUUGUCUACUUCCAUACAGACGAAGUCGACUUUGUGGUAUGCAUUUCGAGCAGCACAAAAGAAAGGUUGUAUUAGUAGCUCAGACCACUAGGUAGAAAGUUUUCAGCGCUGACUUACUGGCGCUAGCAUCACUGACUGCCGCAAUCCUGAAGCGUCGACGCCAUUGAGCGUCACAACAUCAUAAGAAGAGUCUUGGUUACCUGUGAACGAACGAAUCACCCAGUAAAAGUGGUCGGUUCUGACCCUAUUAUUUAUGCCAAACCCAAAUGUUUUGGUUAAUAUUAUGAACACUGUGUUGACUUAUUGUCCUGUAGACAGACCACAAUUAAUUUUUGUAAAAUUUUGUUAAGUUUACCUCAUAAUUAAUAAUAAAGCUGCAGUCUUCCUACAUAUUAAAGUUGUUUUGCACACACCACUUUUGUCUUCACGGAAAUCUGUUUAUUUUCUACACCGUUCAACAUAUUUUGACUGAAGUACAUGAUCUAUUUAAAACCUUAUGUCUGUAUUAUAGGUAAAUAAACAAUAAUUUAUUGGUGCAUUACAUUACGUCCAUACAAAUACUAAAUACUCGUAAUAUUAUUUCUCAAAAAAUGUUUGAAGUGUUUAGGUAAAUAUUUACAACGAAGUAUUGAAUGCAAUUGAGCCAAGUCACAAUAAUCAUUUCGAUGAUGAAAAAUUUGCAUUUUAAUUUAUGUUCGUUAUUCCAAGUAACUGACAAUCGGUAAAAUUUCUUCCCUGAGAGAAAAAAACAAACAUAUUUCCUUACAACUGGAGGUGCAGAUUCCAAACAAUAGAUUUCAUGAAUAAAAUGAGAAUUUGACUUGGUUUACCAAUAUGUUUAGUGCUUUGAAAUGAAACAGUGUGAAUAAACAAAAACUUACAACACACAGAAGAGGAAAACACCAAACAAUAAUGGUUUAAAAUGGACUUUUCCUUCUUUUUACUUUCUCGCCAUACGAACUUUUUCGUAAGAAGAAAAAGUUAUGUAAUAGUAUGACGGAAAACGGCGAUUUUUUUAGUUUUAUGUUCAUGACGUUGCUUCUCGGACAUAAAUGUUACGUUGUAAUUUGCUGCUCUAUUAAACGUUGGCGACUCAAUAAGAAUUUAAAAUAGCUUAUAUAUAACAGUUAAACUCAUGGUCAUUGAUUGGAUUGAUUGGGUACUUAUAACACCAUAACUGCAUUAGCUGGAUUGCUUAUUAACCAUUGCAGUACAAUUAUGUCUAUUUCAAAUAUUUCUUAUUCAAAACUCAAGGAAAGUUAAUUGCUUAAGUUCGAUCUCUCUAUUUAUAUAGUGUACCCUCUAGCUUGUGUUUGUGCUUCGGGUCCAAUAUGUCUAAACAGUAUUGCAAAAAAGCGUAUAAUCGCAAUAUCUCUUUGCGAAAGAUAGUAAAUAUAAUUAGUUGCCAAAUUAGAUUACACACGUUAACGUCAAAUUCACAUUUUGUCACUUCGCCAAUUAUAUCCGAGCCAUGAAAUGGCAUUAUUUUGCACAAAGGUUAUCUAUAUGGAAGUGACACGAUGAAAUGAGUAUAAAAUGCGGUGGAUGCAGAGUAUAAAAUGAGUGUAAGGACAACCUACGAAUAUGUGAUAAAAUACCUUUACUAUUAUAGUGUUACGAAAGUAAUGAUCAUUUACAGCGCGCAGAAUACAUGGGCGGUGGGUUUGUUACAUUGUUCACUCCUUUACUACCGAAUAAAAUAUUUUCAAAGUAUUCAUGUAAAUGACGCUUUCAUUACUUACUAAAUUAAUUUAUUAAUUUAAAUGUUGACUUAUAUAUUGAGCUUUUCAUUUAAAAACAAAUGGAAAUAUAUUGC